UUUUUUGACGUACCAGAACACCAUCCAUAUAAAAUUAGCUUAUAUCGAUCGUGUGAGAUCCCUUAAUCCGAGAACACCAUCCGUGAAUUUGUGAUGAAUUAUGAGAGCCAAUUUCCUUGGUGGAGCGCCGCAAGAGAAUGAAUACAAGUCAAAGACAGUGACAUUAACCGCACCGCACGCACCCUGGCUCGUAAACGGCUCGCAUCGCCGAGCCAAGUAAAUAAUCAAAGCAUCCGUUUUGCCACGUCAUUUCAUCACUUCAUUUAUUAAUCAUUUUUUUAUUAACUUGUCUCCAUUCUCUUUCUGUCAACAAAAAUCAAUGGAAUAUUUGCACCUCAACGAACAAACGACAUCGCCGUUUCACUCUUCUCUUCUCCUUCCCCCGUAGUUUUGAUUGUGAAAUGAAUCAUAACGUUGAGUAGUUGGAAUUGAGAAUUGAAGAGGGGAAUGAACAAUGUCUACUAAGAGUGAACACCAAACGGUUCCUCUUUCGGUUUUUUUGAAACGUGAAUUGAUGAUUGAGAAAAUUGAGAAACCUGAGAUUGUUCAUGGUCAAGCUUUUCAAAGCAAGAAAGGAGAGGAUUUCACCUUGCUAAAGACCGAGUGCCAGAGGAUGAUGGGUGAUGGGGUCUAUACUUAUUCCGUUUUUGGGCUAUUUGAUGGGCACAGUGGAUCUGCUGCUGCUAUUUAUUCUAAGGAGAAUCUUCUGAACAAUGUUUUAAGUGCAAUUCCUCCAGAUCUUAACAGAGAUGAGUGGUUAGCAGCGUUGCCUAGAGCUUUGGUUGCAGGCUUUGUAAAAACUGAUAAAGAUUUUCAACAGAAAGGACAAAAAUCAGGAACAACUGUUACCUUUGUCAUUAUCGAAGGAUGGGUUGUAACAGUUGCAUCAGUUGGCGAUUCCCGUUGCGUACUAGAAUCUUCUGAAGGUGGGAUUUAUUACUUGUCAGCAGAUCAUCGGCUAGAAACAAAUGAAGAGGAGAGGGUUCGUAUCACUUCUAGUGGGGGCGAGGUUGGCCGUUUAAAUACAGGGGGAGGAGCAGAGGUUGGUCCUUUGAGAUGUUGGCCUGGUGGCUUGUGCCUUUCACGAUCUAUCGGAGAUAUGGAUAUUGGUGAAUUUGUUGUCCCUGUACCAUAUGUAAAACAAGUGAAGCUGUCCACUGGUGGAGGUCGGCUUGUUAUCUGCAGUGAUGGUGUUUGGGAUGCUUUACCUGCAGAAGUGGCCCUUGAUUGUUGCCGUGGCAUGUCAGCGGAGUCUGCUGCACCACUGAUUGUAAAAGAAGCUUUACAAGCAAAGGGGCUUAGAGAUGAUACAACCUGUAUCGUUGUUGAUAUAUUACCUCAGGAGAAGCCACCUGCUCCUGUGCCACAUCAAAAGAAGCCAGCAGUAAAAGGAAUGCUCAAGGCAAUGUUUCGUAAAAAGACUUCUGAAUCAUCUUAUAUUGACAAAGAAUACUUGGAGCCAGAUGUAGUAGUGGAGCUGUAUGAGGAAGGCUCUGCUAUGCUCUCAGAGAGGUUGGAUACAAAAUAUCCACUCUGCAACAUGUUCAAGUUGUUCAUAUGUGCAGUAUGUCAAGUAGAAAUAAAACCCGGAGAGGGUAUUUCAGUACACGAGGGUGCAUCCAACCCUCGAAAAUUGCGCCCUUGGGAUGGACCUUUCCUUUGCUUUAGUUGCCGGGAGAAGAAAGAAGCCAUGGAAGGGAAAAGAUCUCUAGAUAGACUUAGCAGCGGAAGUGACGAAUGAACUCUCAUGUAUAUUUGCAUUUUGUGAGAGUGAUCAAAAUUGUUCAUAUAUGACGACGGAAAGUUCAAACCUCCUAGCAACAUUGACUCCCUUGUAUUAUCACGGGCUUUAUGGAUCUAUUUUGGAAUGCCUCAUGAAAAUACAUAUGAAAACCAACAGCAGCUUGGUAGAAGAAUUCUAACUUGGAAAGUAUGGAAUGGCAACCAUCCAAGUGUACGUUGUGAAAGGUUGAGUUAUAAGUGGCAGUGCACACAACAGGAGGAAAUGGGAGUUUAUUCAUUCUUUUUUACAUAUUUCUUUUUCUGGGAUCCGUUUAUUGUAUAUAUAUGUGGAUCCUUCGGAAUCACAUUUAUAUAGACCUUUAAUGAAAGUGGUCUUCUACAAUUUGUAAUGUGAUAUAGGGAGUUUAAUUACUAUCCAUAGAUCAAUUAUUCUGUAGAGUAGAUGUGUGUGUACCUUUUGAAAGAAAAUGAAGGGAUUUCCAACUUGACUUGAAAA